AUGAAGUUGGCGGGACGUGGUUCGAGAACCACUAUCCCGGCCUACGUCCUGUAUACCUUCGCAAGCAACCCCAACUGGUCUCGAUUCUACCCUCCCGGGGCAGAGUUCGAGGAGUAUCUGAAGAGCGUGGCGAAGAAAUACGACGUGUACAAGCACACGAAAUUCCGUCAUAGGUUCAUAAGCGCUCGGUGGUUUGAGGAAGAAGGGCAGUGGGAGGUUACUCUUGAGCGGCUAGAAGACGGAGUAACUGUGACGGACCGAGCUGAAGUCCUCAUCAAGGCCACCGGGUUCGUCAACGAUUGGCGAUGGCCCAACGUUCCCGGCCGCGAGAAGUUCAAGGGGACGAUGCUUCACACAGCAAAUUGGGACGACGCUUUCGACCCAACAGGGAAAAGGGUUGCUGUGCUUGGCUACGGCUCAACUGGCGUCCAGAUUACCCCGGCUAUUCAACCACUCGUGAAGCAACUCGAUCACUAUGUGCGUGGCAAGGUCUGGGUUCCGCCCGGGGGCGGAACUAAUACGGAGGAAUUGAUCGAAAGGGGGGCCCAUAACAACUUUGAUCAUGACCUCAGAGAACGCAAGCUGUUCACGGAGAAUCCGCAGUUGUAUCUUGAUUUCCGCAAGAAACAGGAGGCGUACUGCAACAAUGUCCAACGGAUUUUCUUCAAGGACUCCGAGGCACAGAAGCAAUUCACCCUUUUUCUCGAUGCAAAUUUGAAAGAAACCACCAAGCCGAAACCUUGGCUGUAUGACGUUCUCAGGCCCAACUACGCGCCUGGCUGUCGGAGACUCAUCAUGGGCCAGGCUUGGCUGGAAUGCAUGCAGGAGGAUAAUGCCAAUCUCAUCCCUAAAGACGUGAAGGAGUUCACAGAAAAUGGGAUUAUAGACGAAGAUGGCGUCGAAAGGAACUAUGAUGCCAUUAUUUGUGCUACAGGAUUCGACACCCGCUUGGACAGCAGCGGCACACCUUUCAUCGGAACAAACGGAACUCCUCUUUCCGCAGUAUGGGACCCAGAUCCAGUGGCCUACUUUGGGGUCAACCCCGAACAGAUGCCGAACCUUUUCCUGAUGUUCGGUCCCAAUACAGCACCGUUUGCUGGCUCGAUAGUUCACACUUUCGAGUCCACGGCUCAUUAUAUAAUCAAAUGCGUCCAGAAACUGCAACGAGAAUACCUCAAGUCCAUUGUGUGCAAGCCGCAAGCCCUCCAUAACUGGAUCAAACAUGUCGAUCGCCACAUGAGUAAGACUGUCAUGUCUGACAGUUGCGUGACUUGGUUCAAACGAAACAAGCCUGAUGGCCGUACAAUCACCAUGUGGCCUGGUUCUGCCAUGCACGGCCAUAUCGCGUGGGAGAAUCCACGUUUCGAGGACUUCGAUUUUACCUCAUGGCUUCCCGAGGACGACACUCUGGCCUGGCUGGGGAAUGGAAAUACGGUGGCGGAGUUGACUGGCGUGGGAGAUACGACCAACUACAUGGACUAUAGAGAUGUGUCCAAGGUCCUCCCUGUACCAACCAAGGACUAUACUCCGCCUGUCUGGCCCCCAAUAGAGCAUCAAUGGCUCGGUCAGAUGAAUGGCGCAGAGUCCGAUCAACACGUUGCGCUUAAGCAGAACGCAGCUUUAGAGGAGGUGGACGGCAACGCCAUUCCGAACGCAGCCUUGAAUACGGAGGCACCAGCAGUGACAAAACUCGCUGCCAGUCAGGAGAUCGCGCCGCUGGGACCGAAAGUUGAUCCUGAGUCGACGGCUGACGAGAAGCCAAAGAUCAAGAAGUUCUAUUGA